AUGUCGGAUUCGCCCGACGAGAUAUGCGUGAGGACAGACGGCCCCCCGCCGCCCAAGCGUAGACGCAUCGCCGCGCCUCCGAAACCUCGCACAACUGCCUAUGUCGAUCUGGAGAGCUACAGCGACGAGGGCGAGCAACACCUCCAGAGACUCUUGUCAGCCCUGAGAAAGAAGAAGAAGAUCGUCGUGAUUGCCGGCGCCGGCAUAUCAGUGUCUGCUGGGAUCCCUGAUUUCCGCUCAUCGACCGGCCUGUUUGCCACUCUUCGUGAGCAGCACAAGCUCAAGGCCUCUGGCAAGCAUCUGUUUGAUGCCUCCGUGUACAAGCACGAUUCGUCAACCGAGUCCUUCCACACCAUGGUCCGCGAACUCGCCCACAUGACGGCCAAGGCCAAGCCGACCCCAUUUCACCACAUGCUGGCGUCUAUUUCUGCCGAAGGACGGCUCUUGCGUCUGUACAGCCAGAAUAUCGACACUCUGGACACGCAAAUGCCGCCUCUAUCAACCACCGUCCCGCUGAAUAGCAAGGGACCUUGGCCCGCAACCAUCCAGCUUCACGGCGGCCUCGAGAAAAUGGUAUGUACGAAAUGCGGCCAUCUGGAGCCGUUCAAUGCCUCCUUGUUCGAGGGCCCAGAACCUCCGCUGUGCGAGAAGUGCAAGGAGCAAGACCAGGUGCGGACCGCCUUUGCCGGGAAACGGAGCCAUGGAAUUGGCAGGCUGCGCCCGAGAAUUGUGCUUUAUAAUGAGUACAACCCCGAUGAGGAAGCCAUCGGCAACGUUUCCAAGGCCGAUCUGCGAAGAGUGCCUGACGCCGUCAUUGUAGUGGGCACGAGCUUGAAGAUCCCCGGGGUGCGGAGAAUUGUCAAGGAGAUGUGCCAGUUAACCAGGAGUAGAAGGGAUGGCAUUACCGCCUGGAUCAAUAUCGACCCUGAGCCCCAGGGCGUAGAGUUCAAAGACUGCUGGGAUCUCGUCAUCCGCGGAAAAUGCGACGACAUCGCCGAGCUGGUGAACCUACCACGCUGGGACCAGCAAGACAUAGGCGACCGGGACUCGUACAUGGUCACUGGUGAUGAGCAAAAGGAGAAGCGGCUGGAAGCUAGCUUGCAUCGCGAUAGAAUUGACGUGCUCCUUGAGCGCAAGCGGAAGCUUCGCACAGACGAGGAAGGCACAGUCUCAUCCCAAGAGCCGCUGACGCCCGCAAAUCGGAAAUCCGCAUUAGCCGAGCAAAGAGGCAUGCCGACGCCGAGCGCGAGCCCCAGAAUCCGGAGCCCCCUUCCCCCAGUGGUCAGAUCCGUGGCCAAGGAGAGAACCAAGCAGAGCACACUCGCAUUUGGCAGCAGCACCAAGAUGCAGAAUUCGCCGUUAUCUCCUUCAGCACAGAAGAAACCUGCUGCUCCAGCAAAACGAAAACCGCGCCAGCCGUCCAAAAAGAAGGAGCCUGCCGGCGUCAAGCCCAAGAACCGGCUCGACCAGACCUUCAAAACCACCAAGACGACCGCAGUUGCCGCUACUGGUGGCAAGGACGCAAAGACGCCGCACAAACGAAAGGAUUCCAACUCCUCGUCGGACCUGUCCUCACCUCCCGACCACCUUCCCAGCGACAACUUCUUCGGCCUCCCUUCGCUACGCCCGCAAAACAGAGCCCACAAGCCUGCCCCGCUGACCGUUCUCCCUCCCCCGCCGCCGAGCGGCAGCAACGGAAGCGGCAUGGACGACUUUUGGAAGGGUGGGUCGAGUCCUCCGCAGACCCCGACCACGGCUUCGGCAUGCGACUUGGCCGCGCCGGCGGGGACCAUCUCGCCUACUUCCAAGCCUAGGAGUAUGGGGCACCUGAUUGACUGA